ACAUUCGUCACUUCACUUGAGCAAGCACACGAAAAGCCGAUAAGAAGAUAACAAUUACUACAACUGUGCGCUCUUGUUAUCUCUGCUUUGAAGUGAAAUCAGCUUUGGCUAUGGCUUCUUCGACAGCUUUGUCUCUCUCAUGGAGCUCCUCUCCUUGUUGGUCACACAGCUUCAAUGGCGGUGCAAAUGAAACCCUAAAAGUAUCUGAGCGAAGGUUCAAUUUUGAAGUUGUUUCCCAGAAGAAAGCUAAGAAACUUCGCAAGGUAAUUUUGAAAGAGGAUGUGACGGAUUUGGGUAAGCAAGGGCAAUUACUUGAUGUGAAAGCUGGAUUUUUCAGAAACUUCCUCUUGCCUACUGGAAAGGCUCAGCUUAUGACUCCACUUCUGCUCAAGGAAUUGAAGAUGGAAGACGAACGGAUUGAGGCAGAGAAGCAAAGGGUGAAAGAAGAGGCACAACAACUGGCGAUGGUAUUCCAAACCGUUGGUGCUUUCAAGGUUAAACGCAAAGGCGGUAAAGGCAAACUGAUAUUUGGAUCUGUCACAGCUCAAGACCUCGUCGACAUCAUCAAAUCACAGCUCCAAAAGGACAUCGACAAACGCCUUGUCUCUCUCCCAGAAAUCCGUGAAACCGGAGAAUACAUAGCCGAACUCAAGCUUCACCCCGAUGUCACUGCUCGAGUUAAGAUCAAUGUUUUCGCUAACUAAACCUUCAACGAUUCAAGACUCCUACUGCAUCCCAAGGAACGUAUAGAGAGGGAAAAGAGAGUAGCCUCUUGUGGUGAGGAUUGAAGGUUGUGAAGUUUUUCCUUUAGAUUGUUUGAUGCAUUUGUAUUUUUGCUAUUUUUGGAAUCUGGAAACGCUAAAAGUAUAAUAUUCUCUUGCAAGUUAUGAUAUUUACUUGAAGUUAUAUUGUAUUCAUUUGUCUGUUGAAGUGAUGAGAAUGCUUAAAUUAACACUAACAAGCUGUUUAAAAAACUAACAAAUAACCAGAAAUCUGAAAAACUAUGUCGCCGUCUCUUGUUCCCACAAGAUUGACUAUUUUUAGAGAGUUGUUGUUUAAUGACAAAACCCAGAUGUUUUUUUGUUUCACUGCUUCUCUUCAAUUCUGUUACCAAAACCUUUUUUGUUUAAGACAGUUAUAGCUCUUGAUUCGGUUUUUAUAAUCAUAUGAUUCUCUUGUUUCUAUCAUCUUUGUUCUUGUUAACAAGUUUUGUCCA